AGGAGCCUCGGGCAUUUAGCAGCUGACGGCGACCAGACGAUCGUUCAUCCUGGGAAAAGCGCUCAACUCUCGGGGAAAGAUGGAUGUCAGGUUCUGCUGGAUCAUCCCCUUCGCUUUGCUUCUACUAUUAUCGCAAGGCUGGGCCAUCGACUGUUUCAAGUGCGUGUCGAUCGACGGUGACAACAAACCUUGCGACGACCCGUUUCACAAUAACGGAAGUCUUGCCUUCCUGGAGUCGCCCUGUUUGGGAGGUCGCAAAGGGCGCGAUGGUCUUUUCCCCGCGACUGCGUGCAUCAAAAUAGCGGGCAUAUACGACGAAUCUGGAGUGUCUUUGACGGUGAGGAGCUGUGCUCUAGACAGCGGAACUUUGACGACCGAUUCAGAAAUUGUAAGAAUGUCUCAUUGCGGAGGUUUCUACUUCGACGACAAAUACGUACGAGGCUGCGUUCAAUCGUGCAACGAUGCUGACGCUUGCAAUGGAUCAUCGCCUCAAGUACUUUCCUUCGUACUCUUAAGUUUAUCGAUCUUUGCCGGGCUAAUUUGACGGGAACUCUAUGGAUAAUUCCAAUGAAUCAAAACCAUAGAUAAUUGUACAUAGAAAAAAAAAAAAGAAAUCGCCUAUAAUGGACCAC